AUAUACAUAUCACAUGCAUGUGUGUGUGUGUAUAUUCUGACAUCGCGGCGCAUGUCAAAUCGCGCGUGUCCGCCUGUCGGCGUUCCAUCGGCUCGUCUGUAUCGUGAAAGGUAUUUUUUUGCAGUUCUGAAAUGUGAGAUCGGCGAAUUGUCCGUGUAAAGUGAUAUCUAGGACUUGGAAGUGUCGUGGCGUUAUUUUCGAUCGGAGACAAAAUAAGGAUGGCGGAAUCGAACGGGCCGAUCCUUCACGUCAUCGUCGUCGGGUUUCAUCACAAAAAAGGCUGCCAGGUAGAAUACUCAUUUCCACCUUUAGUGCCUGGCGCACCUAACGAGUGUCCCUUAGGAUGGAAAUACCUGCCUACGCUUGCCCUACCCGACGGUUCCCACAAUUAUGACGAGGAUACAGUAUAUUUUCAUUUACCUAGUCUCAAUGAUCCAAAAUGCACGAUAUAUGGGAUUUCGUGUUUUCGACAAAUACCAGUAGAGAAAUUAAAAAAUCGCACUUCUGAUAUAACAAGGGGCACUGUUCAAAAAUCAGUGUGCGUACUGAGUACUUUACCUUUGUACGGGCACAUUCAAGUGAAAAUGGCUCUAAUAACGCAUGCAUAUUUUGAUGAGGGAGAUUUUAGUAAAGUGUCUUUAUUGGAGGAUACUUAUCAUCAUCUUAAUUCAUGCAUGAGUGGCGACAGUCAGAUUCCGCCGCAAAUUUUUGUUGGUUUAUCCGCGAGAGAUUUUAUAUUACAAUUUCGUCAUAAAGUAUUACUUUUAUUUAAAUUACUCUUACUUGAAAAAAGGAUAGUGUUUUAUCAGUCACCUGUACAACCAUUGUGUGCUACAAUAUUGACUUUAUUGUCGCUAUAUCCUGGCAUGAUUGAGCACGGUCUUCAACAAGCGGCGUGUGUCAGACCAUCUAGGCCAAUGUCUCCGAUACCGACGUUUGAUGAAGAGGAAUUCUCGACAAAUAACGUUGAUUCUAAUUUAUCGUCCACCUGUAUCGUCAAAGACAAUAUAUCCAAGUCAAAUCAUGAGCAAUGCAAUGAUAAUAGCAAUAGGAACUCUUUAUGCAUUAACGAUAACAAGAUUAUCGAGUCUAUGGAAGACAAGUGCUUGGAUGGACUGCAGCACAUAACUCUGCAGAAAAAUAACAAUGAUAAUGAAAAUAUAAGUAUGAAGGUCAUCGAAAUCGAAUCGGCGCAAGAAUGCACGGAAUCUUAUCUAGAGGAGAGCAACUCUAAAUACUCGCCACAGACGAACGAAAACGUACACAGAGUGCACAGUGUAAAUGCAAUCACGCUGAAUGAUACGGAUAAUAGUUUACCUCGCGAUACAAGUAACGAUGCGCUUUCUGAUGCGAGAUUAACAAACAACAUUACUCAAAUCGCGCACAUUAAUCCUGAGUUAUGCGGCCUACCUUUGGAGCUAUUUACAAAAGGAUAUCUCUGCUUACCCUAUCUAUCUUUACCUUAUUUGGAUCUAUUGGGAGAUGUGAAUGUUAGAGGAUACAUAGUGGGUGCUACAAAUGUAUUGUUUAAACAAAAGAAGCAACUUAUUGAUGUGCUAGUUGAAAUUGAAAAUACACGAAUAGAGGCAACGGAUCCCGAAUUGAGACGACAGCUGCAUCUUACUACCGAGGAUUUGAGAUUUGCCGAUUAUGUUGUGAGGCACGUAGCUGAACCUCGGAAGGACAUCUUUCUAGAUGGGGUAGGAUGGGAAGGCGGCGACGAGUGGAUUAGAACGCAAUUUCGAGUAUACCUGUUGAGCAUGCUGCGUACCUCUAUGCAGCAAGACACUCGUCAGUCGGAUCAUUACAACUCAGCGUUUGUAUCCGCGUGGCGCGCCACAAACAAUUAUAAGGCGUGGUGCAACGCGAGUAAAUCGGAGAUACUCAAUAUCGAACCUGGACAUCCCUUUGCUGGUCAGUUAUCAGUACAAGAUAUGAAACUACGUUUGUCACAUACGAUGCAAAACACAGAAAGCGGUAGAAAAUUAAAUCAAGCAAUGGCAUCGACUGGACGCGCAGUGGCGACCACUGGGAAAGCUGUAGGGGGAGCGAUAUCGCAAGCGAAAGGGGCAUUCUCGAACUGGUGGAGUACAUUAACGACAGUUCAACCGGUUGAUGAAGCAAAGAUUGACAAUCAAACGACAAACAACCAUCAUACGGUGUCCAACGCUACGGACAAAGAAUCUAUCGAAGAUGAGGAGAUGAAUGUCUCUAUUACGAAUAACGCGGAUAUUGCGGUAGAUCUUGAUUAAUAUAAAAGUAUAUAUAUAUAUCAAAAUGAGACGUGAACGAUUGAAAUUAAAAAUGUGAAGGGCACUCGUGAAAAACAAAUUAAUUUAAUGCAUAACGUAAAGAUACGUAAAACUGAAACGAGGAGUUUCUUACAAGACACACAUAGGAUAUGCUUGUUAAAUGAUGGAAUUUUUUAAAGGAUCUCAGUUUUAGCGACAAGUAAGAAAGGCUAAAACCGCGAAUGUACAACAGACUUUAUUAAUGUGAUAUGCAACUUUAUGGAGCGAGGUUUUUUAGAUUUGUAAGCUGCUGUAUGGGCAAGUACUAAAACAAAUUACAAGCUAAAAUAUCUUGCUCGAAUAUAAGCUUUUGUAAUUUUCCUCGAAUACUCUGUAUAUAAUUUUCAUAUGAUUCAUAUGUGUCUAUAAAGAUAUGUGAUAUAAUUUUAUUAUAUAAAUGAUACAAAUCAUUACGAUACU